GCUGCCACCCACCCCUCCCCUCGCUCUCCUCCCUCCCUCCCCAAGAUCCAGCGCGCUCCAAGAUCCCCAUGUUGUGCUCCUCCCUCCCUCCCCUCCGGCAAGACCCAGCGCGCGGCCUUCCUCUCCUCGAUCUAGAUCGGGGCACCCCGCCGCCCAGCCUCUGUCUCCCUCCGUCUCCCACCCGAUGGAGGCCGCGGUGGGGGGAAGCGAGGGGCCAAACACCCGCUUCCAACACACAAGGUCUCGGCUUCCCCUCCCAUAGCCGCACCACUCGUCCGCUAGCUCCCCACGCAGGCAUAUUCGGAUGGAGGCGGCCGUCGCUGGCGGCGGCAGCGGGCUGGGUACCAUGAGCACCGUGCUCGCCAUCUGUCAGAACCGCGAUCUGACACCAUCCUCAAGUGGUGGGGAUUCAACAUCCCGUCAUCAACAAGUUGGUAUUCUAGAUUUGGUAAAGGUGCCGCCAGAUCUUGCCACACUGGGCAUCAGGACCGCUGGAUGCUUCUCUCACGGUGGUCAAGCCAAGCUCUCCUACGGUGGUCAGAACGGGCGUCGUCAACCCCGCCACUCCCUCUUCCCCAUGACUCCACCUCGACAACCUGGCUCGGUGAGGGAUGCUCCACCAGCAUCCUGCUGCUUGGCGGUGGACGACAAGGACUUCCUCGUGCACGAGGUGUCUUCUAAGAUCUACGGCGACAAGGUGAAUGGAACUUGUGUUGUUGGUAGAACUCCGUUGACGACUUCUACCCAUGUUGAAGAGCAUGUUCUGUGGUAUCCAAGAGUAGCUAGCUUUUAUACUGGUAGAGCGGUUUAUUUGUAGAUCCCAAUAUUUAUGAUUGUGUGGAUCUGGGUGAAGUAUGAAGUUCCUGGGUAUGCAAGAUUCGAUGGUAAAACUGGUUGUUGUGAUGUGAAUGAGUGUAUGGAAACUGGUUGUUGUGAUGUGAAUGAGUGUAUGGAGUUUCACGUGUUCUGUUCUGUAUAGCGUAUUGUAAUAAACUUAUUUUAGCUGUUAUUUGAAGAUUUUCAUAUGCUUUA